UUUGGAGCCGACCAGCACCAGAGUGCUACUAUGUGCCGUCACCCUUACCACACCUGCAUAAAAGGAAUUCAAAGCGAGAGCUGCUCGAUGGUCUGAUCACUCUUGAAAGAUUCCCCGAGGGUCCAAAGAAUUCCACUCGUCAACCCGAUCCUUGACAUCUUGGUAGCCUGAGGCUCCAAACUAUCAUUUCCCAUUUUGUAUAUCUUUGCUUUAAAUGACGAUCCGUUUCCCGCAAACCUUCUGGUUUCUAGCGUGCCAUCUGGUACAACUCGGCCGAACAACCUGCAGUUGUUUGAACGAAGCAUUAUUUCGCUGCCAUCGCCGAGACCGCACAAACAAAUUCACGCUGCGCUGCCAUCACCGGGACGCCUGUAAUGCCGCACUACGGAAGCCCCCGAGCACUCCGACGCAGUCGUGCUACCAGUCAGCGUCCCGGCCCUGCGUUCGGAGUUCGAGAAGGGGUCUUCCGAACUCCCUUCUCAGCAUGCCAUCGGGUCCCUGCAAUAUUUCGGGACGCUUGGCACGUGGCACCAAUGGUUUGCGGGUGUACUACCAAAACGUCAGAGGGUUAAGGACUAAAAUCGAAAACUUGUACUUGGCUGCUCUUGACGGCGACUACGAUAUUUACGUUCUGACGGAAACUUGGAUUGAUGAUCGUAUUACAUCGAUGCAGCUCUUCGGGAAUUCUUACCCGGUUUAUCAUUCGGAUCGAGGUGCUCACUUGCCUCCUGUGAAUUUGAUGUGGAUAGUUCAUCAAGCAUUGAAGCAGUUUGGACGAAGAUUACUACGCAGACGAAGAAUUACUUUAUUGGAGCUGUUUACAUCCCUCCAGAAAAACGACUUGAUUGCUCUAUUACGCAGCUCCAUCUAGAUUCCAUAGAGUGCGCUUCUUCUCAGGCAGAUGCAAACGAUGUGAUGAUAGUCCUUGGCGAUUUCAACUAACCAGGACUCAUGUGGGUUUCUCCUGGAAGUGGGUACGCUUACCCUAACCCAUUAUCCUCGACAAUAAAUCCAUGCGGGCCACUUACGUCUGGACGGGAUGAAUUUUCACGGACUAAGUCCGGUAAGCUAGAUUUUCAACCAUUAAUCUCGUUUUCUUGAUCUCGU